AUGAAGCGGCCCUUCCAGGCGUACAACGCACCCGCGGCUCCCGCUGCGGCGGCGCCCGCAGCCGGACCGAGCGCCCCCAACGCCUACGCCAACUACGGCUACGGCGGCGCCGGCGCGCAGCAGCCGCAGCACGCGCACCAGCAGCCGGCGGCCGCCGCUCCCGGCGCCAACCCGGCGCUCACCAAGGAGCAGCAGCAGGCGCAGUGGCAUGCGCAGUGGCAGCAGUACUACGCGCAGCAGGCCGCCGCAGCUGCCGGCGGAGCGGCCACGCCCAACGCCGGCGCCGCACCGCAGCCCGCCCAGCCGCAGCAGGCAGCGCAGCCGUACGCCGCAUACGGCCAGCCUGCGCAGCACCAGCCGGCACAUGCGGCGCCGCAGCCGCCGCAACAGCAGCAGCACCAGCAGCAGCCGCAGCAGCAAUACUACGCCCAGUAUCCGCAGCAGCCCGCCGCUCCGCAGCAGCCCCGUCAGCCUGCCGGUGGCUAUGGCGCCUUCCCGCAACAGCAGGCGCCGCAGCCCGGUGCGUUCCCGCAGCAGCCUGCCGCGCCGUACGGCCAGCCGCAGCAGCCGCAGCAGCACCAGUACGGCCCUCCGCCGGGCGGCUACGCAGCUAGCCCGCCGCACGCCGGCAUGGGUCCGGGCGCAGCAGGUGGCCCACCGCAGAAGCGCGCUCGCUUCGAUGCACCGACGACGCCGAUGGGCUACAAUGGCGCUGCGGCGCCGAUGCAGCAUGCGCAGCCCGGCGGCUGGAACCAGCAGCAGCAGCAGCCGCAGCAGCAGCAUGCCCAGGCACCGGCGUACGGCCAGCCUGCUGGCGCUCCGACGGGCCCGCAGUUCGGCGGCAGUGCGUGGGGACCCAACAGCGGAGGUCCGCCUCAGCCAGGCCACGCCGCACGGCCCGGUGCGCCUCGUCAGGGCGGACCAGGCGGCUUUGCUGGCCCGCAGCAGCCGCAGCCCGGCGCGCCCUAUGGUGCUCCGGCUGGCCCAGGCAACUUCCGUGCACCCGGCGGACCACAGGCGGCCUUCUCGCCACAACGCGCGCCCAGCGCUCCGUUCGGCCAGCCGCAGAUGCAGCAGCCCGGAAACAACUUUGGCCAGCGCAACGCCUCAGGCCCCAUGCCCGCGCAGAGCCCAGUGCCUGCCAACAACGCUCGCUUCGCUGGCCCCAUCGGCGUGAACGCGAUGCCGCCGGCGACGGCGCGCGGUGCCUUCUCGGCCGCGGACCGCUCGCGCGCCGACGCCUCUGCCGCUGCUCGUGCUCGCGGCGGCGCACCUGUCGCUCCGGCUGGACGUGGCGCCAUGUUCAAUCGUGGCGGCUUCAGCGCGCAGAACACGAUGGGUCCUGCUUCCGGCCAGACGCGCCGCUUCGGCGCCGGCGGCGCUAUUCCGGCCACGACGGUGGUCGGCGGUCGCGUCGUGCCGGCUCGCGGCGCUCAGUCAUCGCAGAGUGCAGCAUUCGAGGCGCGCGCAGCUGUCGUGCCGGCCAUUGCUGGUCGGCCAAGCACCGUCGCGGACCAGCCCGUCGCCAUUGGCAGCAAGCGUACGUUCACAGAGUGGCGCAUCAAGGGCAUUGAGAUGCCCGGCGUCAAGUGGAGCUGGACAAUCUUCGACGACGUCGAGCCUGCCGGCACUGCCGAGCCGGACGAGAGUGCGGCGAUUGUCGAGGACGCCGCAGCAUCCGAGGCUGGCACAGACGCCGCCGAGGCGUCAAAGCGGCGCUCGCCGUCGCCUGCCAAGGCCGCUCCGAAGCGUGCCGUGCAGCUGGCCAAGAUGCGCAUCAACUUUGCCGCCGUCGCCCACCAGGCCCCGACACAUGCGCCUGCAGCUCCCAAGGCGCUUCUGCUCGCCGACAAGGCCGCUGCUGCCAAGACGCAGCAAGAGAAGAAGGAGAAGGCCGCAGUGAAGAGCGAGGACGCCUCCGCUGCCGAUGCCGAUGCGACCGAGGCUGAGCAGGCUCAGGUGUCGGCAUCGGCCACUGUCGCCUCGUCGAGCAACGGCGACACGCCCAACGGCGCCGCUGCAGCCGGCGACGAGGCGCAAGAGUGGACGCCCUUCUCCAAGGGUCCGCCGCAGCUCGGCGGCAACCGUCUGACGCUCACGUACGCCGAGGGCCGUCGGCGGAUCGGCAUCGAGGCCGACGUCAUCCGUCUCGUGCGCGUCUUCCGCGCCGAGGGCCGCGUCGAGAUCGUGCUCGACGUGCAUACUGCACCAGGCAAGCGCAUCGACUCGGGCAAGAAGAAGGGCCAGGAGUGGGUCAUCGCCAAGGGUGUCGUGCUCGAGACGCGCGCUGCGGCAGACGGCUCGGGCUUCAGCGUCAUCUCACGCGCUCAGCUCGAGCACGCCUGGGCAAACGAGACUGUCGGCGAUGCGCAGGUCGACAAGAAGCCGACGCCUGCGCCUGCUGCGGCUGCUUCGGCGUCGGCUGACCUCGAUGUCGCUGCCGCUGCCGCGCAAGGCGAUGCAGAGCAAGGCGCCGACAUCAAGAUGGAGGAGACCGACGACAAGGAGGCCGUGAACACGGACGCCGCUGCUGAGGCCGGUGCGGCCGCCGCCGACGCCACCGUCGCCAAGGAGGAAGCCGGCGACGAGACGCCGGCAGGCAUCUAUGGCAACUUCGCCGAGCUGCCGCCGCUGUACCGCCUGCUUCCGGAGCACGACGGGCCUGACGAGGAUGAGGAAUACGAUGCGCAGGGCGCGUCCGAGCUCGUCAUUCACGUCGCCAUCGACAAGCUCGCCAACGGAGCCGAGGACAAGUGGCUCAAGACGGGCGAUGUCAGCGAGUGGCUCUCUGCGCUGCCGGCCUUCAGCGCGCGUCUGUCCGAGCAGAUCUGGCAGGGCAAGAUCGAGGUCGUCGACCCGGAUCCGCCGCCGACGAUGCGCGACCUGUGCGAAGAGUGGGCGGCCAAGUCGGGCACGGGCGUGCCGCGCGACCGCCGCCGCUUUGCACAGGAGCAGCUCGAGGGCACGCAGGGCCUCAUCGAAAUGCUGGCGCGCGCCGUGCGACCCGACGCGGCCAUCAGCGUCAAGCCCAGCGAGCUCGUAGGACCGCUGGCAGAGGCGUCACAGCUCACGCACUUCACGACGAACCACGCACACCUGCCGCUCGCGGUAUUUGCGCUGUGGAGCAUGAUCACCGAGUACGCCGGCCUCGACGCUGCCGACGCGCUCAAUAAGCGGCUCAACGACAUUCUCAUGAGCAUGCCGCAGCCGGUGAUCUUCGCCGCCAUGGAGGGACUGUUCGUCGAGGUCGCCGAGAAGAACCGCAUUGCCGAGCUCGAGCGCGCCGCCGCCGAGAAGAAGGAGGCGCUGCGCAAGGCGGCCGAGAAGAAGACGGCCGAGAAGAAGGCCAAGAAGGCGGCGAAGCAGCAACAGCAGCAACAGCAAAAGACGGAGGCCGAGGGCGGCGACGGCAAGACAGACGGGCAGGACACGACCAGUAAGAUUGAGGACGUGGACGGCGCCGAUGCUGCUGCCGAGACGCAAGUGGAAGAAGAGGAGGAUGAAGAGGAGGCAGAGGCCGUGCCGAUGGCAGAGGGUGCGCCCGCCGACGCGGCCAUCGCUACCGGGGCCGUGCCUCUCGACGCUGCUCCCGCCGCUGCGCCCGUGGACGAUGCGGCUGCUGCACUGCCGACGGAGCAGAUCGUGGCGCCAGUGGCCGAGGCGCUGGAUGCUGCUGCGGGCGACGCAGCCAUGUCCGACGGCGCGCUGCAGGCAGACCUCGCCGCACUGCUGCAGGCGCCGCCGCAGCUCAACAGCGAGGCCGAGGCCGCGGUGCCUGACGCUGCUGCUGCCGCAGAUGGUCCGGAUGCUGCUGCCGAUUCGGCCAACUAG